AUGGUAAAUAGCAAGGCGCAAAUGGACAAUAUUUUGAAGGAUCAGGAGGUCAAGGUGUUGGAUGCUGAUUCCAGCAGCUUCUACGCUCAUCACUGGAUACAACCGCACAGCACGCCGUUCGUGCACGAGCAGGGAUGGUUCCGCGACCACAAGGCUCCAUCGUACAGCACGUUCUCGACAGCCAGGACGUCCUCUCUGCAGUACAGCCCGGACUCUUGGUGGACAAAGCUGCAUUACGGCGGCGCAAAGUUCCGUAUUGAAGAGCACGACAAGACUUGUAUCCCUGGCUCUGUAUGGGUGGCGGGAGAAAGCGUUUGA